GUUAGCAGAUACAUACAUAAAUGAUAAAUGAGGACAACAUUUUCCGGCCGUUAACGGGGCCUACUCCGACCAUAACUCUGACAAAAAUCUUACGUACGACGUGAUCUACUCCUCCUCUACCUAUUAACUCCUACUUGUAGACCGUUGGAGCCCAACCUAAUCCAAUUUCUGCAAAUCCUCUCAUUUACUGCAAUUUAUCUCCCAUAUUAAAGACUAUAUGAGUGCAGCUCUACCACUCCCUCAUGUUUGCUUCGCCCUUCUCUCCCAACCCAAAAUCAAAGAUCGAAGCUUUCGCAGGAAUUAGUUUGAUUGAGAAUGGGUUGGCAAAGUGCGAUUGAGAAUGGAAGAAAUGGAGGGAAUUGCUGCAAGGUGAGGAAAAGGGGAGGGUCGUCGUCGUCGUCUUCAACCGUGAGGAGUUAUCGGUUGAAACGGGCGGUUUUGGUCGGGAAGAGAGGCGGGUCAAGCUCACCGGCGCCGGAGUUUAAGACCACGUCAGCAAUACCGCAAAGUGAUGAUGCCAAGUCCUAUAACUACUCGGAGAAAGAGAAAGAAUUGUUGGUUUCUGCGCGGAAAUUGGCUGCUAGUUUGUGGCAGAUUAAUGGGUUGAAGGGGGAGAAUAAUAAUGUGGAGGAGGAAAGGGGUAGGAAAGAGAGGGUUUUGAAGCCAAAUUCAAAAGCUUGGCAGUCUGAUAAUGAUGAUCGUUCUCAGGGAAUUGACAAGAUUCUGCAGACUGAUUACCCAUUUGAAAGUGAUUGCUUUAUGAAGAGCAGAAACCGAUUGAAAGAUGUCCGCCAUGGCCUCAGCACUUCAAAACAGCUACUAGAAGUUGUGAGUCACGUUUGGUCUCUUGAGGAGCAGCAAUCCAAAUCCACUUGUUUGACCCUCUUCUCCGCCCUCAAAUCCGAGCUGGAUCGAGCAUGUAUUCACGUGAGCAAACUGAUCAAAGAACAGAAACACAGCCACGGCGCAAUAGAUUUUCUGGUGGAGCAGUUCGAGAAAGAAAAAACAGCCUGGAAAAUCAGGGAAGAGUACAGGAUUCAGAGCGCCAUCACAGCCAUUUCUGGGGAUCUGGAGACAGAGAAGAAGCUGAGAAGACAGACAGAGAGGCUGAACAAGAAGCUUGGCAGAGAAUUGGCUGACACAAAGGCAUCUCUGUUGAAGGCAACCAAAGAGCUGGAGAGUGAGAAGAGAGUAAAUGAAAUCUUGGAAGAAAAAGUCUGUGAUGAUGAUUGUGAUGAGGAGAGUAAGAGGAGCUAUGCAGAAUGGAGUUGUGGGUUUUAUGAGGGCGAUUCAAAAGCUUGGAAAAGGGAUUAUUGUAAAGAUGAAUCUGAGAGAUACAAUAGGAUUAUAAACCUGAAGAAAGAACAGAUAGUUUCUUCUUCAAGAACAUCCUCCCAAGAUUUCACCUUCAUAUGAACCUAGCAAGUGUUGCAGGCAGCAGUAGUUACCAACUUACCAUUGAAUAAUGUUUGUAACAAAGCUUGCAACCUAAUGGUAGACAUGGAUAAAGUUGAAGUCACUUGUGGACAAGUACUUAAUUGAAUCCCUACUCUUUAGAUCAUGGCAUUAUUUUACACAUUAGUUAAAUAAUCACCACAUCACUAUGGUUUUGGUGUUUCCCUCAAUUAUAUGUAUGAAAACUCCAUUACUUCA